AUGGUCAAGGCUAUCUCCUUCACCCUUCUCUCUCUCGCAACCGCCAUCUCGGCCGUUGCUGCCCUUGAUCCCAUUGGUCAGUUCAAGCGCCUCGGUGCUUGCCCCACCCUCGGAUGUGUCUUCCCCCCAGACAACGCUGAAUUCCUUGCUGGUUCCCACUUCGAUGUCCGCGUCGAGGUCCACGCCGAGAAUGACGCCAAGCCCAACACCGCCUACUCUUUGACCAUCGAGAAGCUCAAGGGUAGCCAGAAGGAGAACAAGCACGAUAGCAAGCCCAAGGCUGUCGACUUCUCCAAGUGGUCCAAGGUCAAGCCCAGCGCUCAGGAGUCCUGGGACUUCGCCUACACCAAGGAUGCCGCCGCUUACUGGAAGGCCCAGGACGGUGACAAGACCGCCAGCACCAACGUCCACGUCGCCUCAACCGCCUGGCGCAAGGUUCAAAUCAAGGAGCCCGGUACCUACAAGGUCGUCCUUAAGUACAACAACGGCAAGAAAACCGAGGCCAUCUGGACUGUCAACCCCACCCACAAGCGCAAGGCCAAGAACGUCAUCCUCUUCAUUGGUGACGGUAUGACCACCGCCAUGAUCACCGCUGCCCGUUUGAUCUCCAAGCCUCACACCAGCGGAAAGUACACCAAACACAUGAACAUGGACCAGUUCCCCGUCCUCGGCCACGUCAUGACCCAAUCCUUGGAUUCCUUGAUUACCGACUCUGCCAACUCGGCUUCCGCCUACAACACUGGCCACAAGUCCUCUGCCGGUGCCUUGGGUGUCUACCCCGAUUCAUCUCUCUCUCCCUUCGAUGACCCCAAGCAGGAGCUCAUCGCCGAGUUGUUGCGCCGCCGCUCCAAGAAGAACGGUGGAGCCGGAGGUGUCGGUAUCGUCACCACUGCCGAGGUCCAGGAUGCCACUCCCGCUGCCGUCUACUCCCACACCCGCAACCGUGACGAGAAGGCCACCAUUGUCGACCAGAUGAUUCACGGCGCCAACCCCGUUGUCGCUGAUGUCAUCCUCGGAGGUGGUGGAAAGUACUUCCACUCCAAGACCGGAGGCAAGUCCCUCAACGGCACCGACUACUACGCUGCCUACUCCAAAGAGCGCGGCUACAAGGUUGUCAACGACCGUGACGCCCUCUUGAAGUACAAGGGCAAGGACCCCCUCCUCGGAAUCUUCCACUCUACUAACAUGGAUGUCUGGAUGGACCGCAACGUCUACAAGGAGAACCUCAAGAGCACCCCCUCCGACCCCACCGGUACCGGUCUCCCCGCCCUCAACCAGCCCAAUUUCGAUGAUAUGGUUAUCAAGGGUCUUGAGGUCUUGGACAGGCGCCACCGCAAGGAGGGUUGGUUCCUCAUGGCCGAGGCCGCCUCCGUCGACAAGAUGAUGCACCCUCUCGACUACGACCGCGCCCUUGCUGACCUCUUGGAGUUGGACAAGACCAUCGGCAAGACCAAGGAGUGGCUCAAGCGCAACAAGCUCGACAAGGACACCUUGAUUCUCGUCACCGCCGAUCAUGCCCACUCCUUCGAUGUCUACGGUUCCGUCGACACCCAGUACUUCAACUCGUUCUCCGACUCUGAGGAGCUCGAGAAGAGGAACUCAAUCGGUACCUAUGAGAACUCUGGCUGGCCCUCGUAUGUUGAUGCCAACGGUGAUGGAUUCCCCGACUCCUGGGAUGUCCGCUACACCUUGGCUGCCGGCACUGCUGCCUUCCCCACCCACCGUGAGGACUUCCAGAUCAGCAUCAACGGCACUCGUGUCCCCGCCGUUAUCUCCACCACCUCCCACCACCACUACCCCGUCUACGAGGCCAACCCCAAGUUUGACGUCCACGGAAUCAACAAGGGCGCGACUUUGGGAUCCAGCGAGGGCGUCGGUGUCCACUCCCUCCAGGAUGUCCCCGUCUUUGCCUCCGGCCCCGGUUCCAACCUGUUUGCCGGAGUCCAGGACAACACCGAGAUCUUCCACAAGAUCGCGGAGGUCUUGGGUCUCGGAAACUAA